GUUAAAGUCUGAGCGUGUGACCAUGAAGAAGAAGCACCUCAUCCUUUUUGGCGUCUUGGCCGUGUCCGUUGUGACUCUGAUCCUGGGACUGGGACUGGGACUGGGACUGGACCUGCAAACUUGUCGAAAGCAAGUGGCGCCGCAGACGUCAUGCCGCGGUCGCUGCUACCAGCCGUAUGACGACGCCACACCUGGCUGCAGAUGUGACAGCGGCUGCGGCGCCGUCGGCAGCUGUUGCCAUGACUACCACGACCUCUGCACCGCCCCCAGUGAACUGUGGGAGUGCACCAGGCUGCGCUGCGGCGAGGCGAGGCUGCCGACCAGCAGGUGUCACUGUUCUGGCGACUGCAUGUCCGCACACGACUGCUGCACCAACUACCAGCAUGUUUGCCUGGGACAACCAGAGUGGGUGGAGGACCAGUGUGACGACCUGUCACGCCCCUCCUGUCCACCAGGCUUCAAGCAGCAGCCGCUUCUUCUGGUCUCGCUGGACGGCCUGCGAGCGGACUACCUGCAGACCUGGAGCGCCCUCAUGCCCGUGUUGACCAAACUCGGGACGUGUGGGACGUCAACUUCAUUCAUGCAAGCGGCUUUUCCCAGCAAGACCUUUCCUAACCACUACACCAUCGUGACGGGUCUGUACCCCGAGUCCAACGGUUUGAUCGACAACGUCAUGUACGAUCCCGUGAUGGACGCCAUCUUCACUUUGUCCGGUCCGGAGAAGGACAACCCGGACUGGUACUUGGGACAACCGAUUUGGCAUACAGCAAAGUUCCAGGGACUGAAGUCUGGAACCUUCUUCUGGCCGGGGUCUGACGUGAAAAUAAACGGCAGCUUCCCGGACGUGUAUCGACCUUAUGACGGGAAAAUCCCCUUUGAGGAACGAGUCCUGACGCUGCUCAAGUGGCUUCAGCUGCCGGAGCAGAAGCGACCCGACUUCUUCACGCUCUACUUGGAAGAGCCCGACAAAUCUGGACACAGCUUUGGUCCUGUCAGCGGAGGGGUGGUGGCGGCCAUGAUGGCGGUGGACAAGAUAGUGGGUCAGCUGAUGAACGGGCUGAAGCAGCUGGGUCUUCAUGGCUGUGUGAACAUCAUCAUCCUGGCCGAUCACGGUAUGGAGGAGACCAGCUGUGACAGGAAGGAGGCGCUGGAGGACCUGCUGGGUGACGUCAGCGGUCUCUGGGUCACUGAGGGUCCCUUUGGGCGAGUCCGCUCCAAGGACAAGGACGUCACCUUGGAUGCCGCAGAGCUUGUUGCCAACAUGACGUGCAAAAAGACCAACCAAAAGCUCCGCCCCUAUUUGAAGUCCCACCUUCCCAAGCGUCUGCACUUCGCCAACAGUCGUCGCAUUGAGGACGUCAACGUUCUAGUGGAGCCAAAAUGGCUGUUUGAGAGGCUGCCUGGAUCUCUCACCUUCUGUUCAGGAGGAGCACACGGCUAUGACAAUGAUGCACACAGCAUGCAUGCCAUGUUUGUCAGUCACGGACCAAAGUUCCACUCCCGCCUCCAAGUGGAGCCUUUUUCCAACAUCGAGCUGUACAACCUCAUGUGUGACGUGCUUGAGAUCUUCCCCAGCGACAACAACGGGACACACGGCAGCAUGAACCACUUCCUGCGAGAACCCUUCUACUCACCGCUGCCCCCGCUGGAGCAGAGUGGACCUGCACAGUGCAGCCUCACCAGCCUGCAGCCCACCGACCAGCUGGGCUGCAGCUGCCCCGACCUGAGUGCAGAUGGUGUCAUCACCGCCAACCGCCGCCUCAAUCUGACAUCAACACAAGAGUCAGCGUUGGUGAAGAAGCACGCCAUGUUCGGGCGACCUCGUGUGCUGCGCCCUGAGGAGCGAUACUGUGUGCUGCACCAUCAGGCCUACGUCAGCGCCUACAGCCAGGAAGCCAUGAUGCCACUCUGGACCUCCUUCACGCUGGACAAGACGGUACGCCAGCUGCCACAGGUCAGAGUUCACCCUCCCGACUGUCUGCGGCCUGACGUCAGACUUCCUGCGUCUCAGAGUCGCCGUUGUGACCUCUAUGGCGACCUGCGACCUGGCUUCCUCUACCCCCCCCGGCUGAGUGGCAGUGAGGAGCAGAGGUACGACGCCCUGCUGAGCAGCCAGGUGGCGCCCAUGUACCCCCACUUCCUCAGGGUGUGGUCUUACUUCCAGCACACGCUGCUGAGGAAGUACGCCGCCAUCUACAACGGCAUCAACGUGCUGACAGGCCCCGCCUUCGACCACGACCAUGAUGGACGCCACGACGCGCAGUGGGCGUCUGCGGGCAACGGCUCCGCCCCCACGCACUUCUUCGCCGUGCUGACCAGCUGCAAGGACGUGCGGCAGCCUGUGAGCGCCUGUGAUGGCGAGCUGCACGCCAUCGCCUUCCUGCUGCCUCACAGGCCUGACAACUCUGACAACUGCCAGAGUGCACAAGACGAGGCCGUGUGGGUGGAAGAGCACAUUUGGUUCCACCAGUCCCGAGUGCGAGACGUGGAGUGGAUGACAGGACUGGACUUGUACCAGGACAGUCCUCGACCAAUCACGGAGCUGCUGCGGCUGAAGACCCGCCCCACAGCAGCCAAUCAAAAACCAAUAAAACAAUCUUGA